GCAACUAUGACUACCAUACAAGAAAGUCGACAAUCUACUCUAUCCGAAAGCGCUCUUGAUGACCCGAAAAGCCUGUCGGGGGUAGAAUACUUUGCGGCUAGGCGCGCAAUGUGGCUCACCCCCUCAGCGGGCCCUAGGAAUCCCGCUACGCCGCGGUCAUUAACGCCAGAGGCGCGGCAACGAUUACACGCCUUGGCAGACCAGAUACUUGCGGGCGAUGAUGAAGACGAGCGGUUGUGGAAGUCCAGCGGACUUAUGACUGUCUGGAGGGGAAUUGUGGAGGGCAGCAGGCUGAAACAAACCAUACCAUUAGGACUUCUGGUGAAGAUCCUGAGGGCGGGAUGGAUCCGAGAUGGCACAUGGCCGCGGCAUCUCCAGCCCACGCAGUCGGAUGAUGACCUGGUUACGACCAAAUCGUCUUCUGCGAAAGCUGGUUGUUGACAUAAAAGGCUACAAAGCAACGCAGUCCACAGCGUAUACCAGUGACCGUGUAUAGGGCGUUGUGUUAGCAUGGGGCGGAAUCGUGGCGACCAUAUGGAUCGAGGGUUAUCUUGUGUGCAGUAUGUUGUCGAAUAGGCGCAAGUGGUUCCGUGCUGGAACAUGCGAGCACCGCAUGUUCUCAGGCCUGCAGUUUAAUCAUCACCUCGUUCUUCU